CUGUUAUCCGCCGCCUAUAGAGGUUGAGAGAGAGAGAGAGCUAAAGGCUAAAGCCCAUCAAAACAAUCACCUCACCACCUCCAUGUUUGAUGAUUUGUUUUCGUCUAUAUGUGAAGAUACCUUCUUUUUCACGUCUCUUGUCUUUCUUUCUCAUCCUAUAAAUUAAAUGUCACCCAUCUCAACAUUACUCCACCAUCAUAGCUGCUGCUGCUUCUCCUUCUUCUUCUUCUUCUUCUUCUUCUUGUUCUUCUGGUAUUGAUUAUUUUUGUGGUGCUGUUGGCGACAGAAAUGAGUGGUGGGAAUGUUAGUCUUCCUCCUGGUUUUCGAUUUUAUCCAACUGAGGAAGAACUCGUUGUUCAUUUUCUUCAGCGUAAGGCAGCUCUUCUACCUUGUCAUCCUGAUGUGAUCCCUGAUCUUGAUCUAUAUCCUUAUGAUCCAUGGCAACUUGAUGGCAAAGCACUAGCUGAAGGGAAGCAAUGGUACUUCUACAGCCGGAGGACACAAAAUAGGAUUACAGAAAAUGGGUAUUGGAAUCCAACUGGCAUUGAAGAAUCAGUGGUUACAAGCGCAAAUAGAACAGUUGGAAUGAAGAAAUGUUUAGGGUUUUACAUAGGAGAAGCUCCAGCAGGAAUGAAAACAAGCUGGAUAAUGGAAGAAUAUCGAUUAUUAUCAUCGGAUUCCUCGUCUAGCAGUAGAAGAAAAUCAUCCAAAACACGAGCAAAUCCAAAAACAGACCAUAGUAAGUGGGUUAUUUGCAAAGUGUACGAGCGAAGCUGUGACGAAGAUGAUGAUGAUGGAGCAGAACUGUCAUGCUUGGACGAAGUUUUCUUGUCUUUAGAUGAUCUUGAUGAAAUAAGUUUGCCAAAUUAAUUAGUGUAAUUCUAUUCAAAUGAUCAAUAUAAUGUAGGGUUUUAAUUGUAUAUUUCAA